GGAUUCCUUUUCCAGCUGCGGCGCUGGGAGGAGCCAUGGCAGUGCCCUUUGUGGAGGACUGGGACUUGGUGCAAACCCUGGGAGAAGGUGCCUAUGGAGAAGUUCAACUUGCUGUGAAUAGAAUAACUGAAGAAGCAGUUGCAGUGAAGAUUGUAGAUAUGAAGCGUGCCAUAGACUGUCCAGAAAAUAUUAAAAAAGAGAUCUGUAUCAAUAAAAUGCUAAAUCAUGAGAAUGUGGUGAAAUUCUAUGGUCAUAGGCGAGAAGGCAAUAUCCAAUAUCUGUUUCUGGAGUACUGUAGUGGGGGAGAGCUUUUUGACAGAAUAGAACCAGACAUAGGCAUGCCUGAACAGGAUGCUCAGAGGUUCUUCCAUCAACUCAUGGCAGGGGUGGUUUAUCUACAUGGUAUUGGAAUAACUCACAGGGAUAUUAAACCAGAAAAUCUCCUAUUGGAUGAAAGGGAUAACCUGAAAAUCUCUGACUUUGGGUUGGCAACAGUGUUUCGGCAUAAUAAUCGGGAACGUUUGUUGAACAAGAUGUGUGGUACUUUACCUUAUGUUGCUCCAGAACUUCUGAAGAGAAAAGAAUUUCAUGCAGAACCGGUUGAUGUUUGGUCCUGUGGAAUAGUGCUCACUGCAAUGUUGGCUGGAGAAUUGCCAUGGGACCAGCCCAGUGAUAGUUGUCAGGAAUAUUCUGAUUGGAAAGAAAAAAAAACAUACCUCAACCCUUGGAAAAAAAUCGAUUCUGCUCCUCUAGCUCUGCUGCAUAAAAUCCUGGUUGAAAAUCCAUCAGCAAGAAUUACUAUCCCAGAUAUCAAAAAAGAUAGAUGGUACAAUAAACCACUCAAGAAAGGGGCAAAGAGGCCCCGAGUCACUUCAGGUGGUGUGUCAGAGUCUCCCAGUGGAUUCUCCAAGCACAUUCAAUCCAAUUUGGACUUCUCUCCAUCUAAUAGUUCUAGUGAAGAAAAUGUGAAGUACUCCAGUUCCCAGCCAGAACCACGGACAAGCCUGUCCUUAUGGGAUGCCAGUUCCUCAUACAUUGAUAAACUGGUGCAAGGGAUCAGUUUUUCCCAACCCACAUGUCCUGAUCACAUGCUUCUGAAUAGUCAGUUACUUGGCACCCCAGGAUCCUCACAGAACCCCUGGCAGCGCCUGGUCAAAAGAAUGACACGAUUCUUUACCAAAUUGGAUGCAGACAGAUCUUAUCAAUGCUUGAAAGAGACUUGUGAGAAGUUGGGCUAUCAAUGGAAGAAGAGUUGUAUGAAUCAGGUUACUGUCUCAACAACUGAUAGGAGAAACAAUAAACUCAUUUUCAAAGUGAAUUUGGUAGAAAUGGAUGAGAAGAUAUUGGUUGACUUCCGGCUUUCUAAGGGUGAUGGAUUGGAGUUCAAGAGACACUUCCUGAAGAUUAAAGGGAAGCUGAGUGAUGUUGUGAGCAGUCAGAAGGUCUGGAUUCCCGGCACAUGAUUAAUCCAUUGGGAGAUUCCUGGUGAAUAUAGUGCUGCUAUUUGGCAUUAUUCUUCCUAGAGAAGAUUAUCUUAUUCUGCAAACUGCAAAUGAUGGUUCCUGGAGAGUUCACUACCCUCUUUAUCCAAACACCUUCUAAUUCUUUUUGUAUGUUCUACAUACAAACAAUACCUAUUUUAAUUGUAAGUAACUUUAGGGACAAGAUGGAUAGAAUUCAUUCGAUAGUUCUUCAUCUGUGUUUGGUGACUGGAUUUGAAACUCAUCUGGUGGAAACAGAGUUUCAGGGGACUUUACCAGCUUAUAUACCAAUGUAAUAUCUCAUUUUUUUAAAUCCAAAAAGUACAUACAUCCUCCAUGUUGAUCUAAUUGUAAG